AUGUCGGCAUCAUCCACAUCAAAUUCAACCUCAGCAUCGCCAAUGUUGACCAAACCACUCGGUGGAGGCACGCAGAACAUGGAUCGCCUUAAAACUCUGAUCAAAUUAAAGCGGUCCGCUCCUCCUCCCGUAAAUGGUGCUGCCUCAAACAGUACAAGUGCUCCAUCAUCGGCAUCUAUAUCCAUUCAGACUUUAACUAGCCCCAGUAGUAAUACUACCAAAGGACUGCCGUCGCAUCUACGCUCUCGACGCAGUCAGUAUCAGCAGGCUCAGGACCAGCAGAAUGCUCAACGGGACCAGCAGAAUGCUCAACGGUAUCAGCACCAAAACGUUCAACCUCCAUCGAGGUUUAUACCACCUGUUUCUGGCUGGGAAUCUACUCUUGGUGAAUUACGAAAGAAUAUAAAUCAGCAGAAUACAAGUAAUGGUAAUAGUGCUCCGUAUCGUGCUGGCCAGAGUAGGCAACAAUACAACGAUGCCCCUUAUAUUUCUGGCCCGAAUCGACCAGCGGCAUUCAGGACUCCUGAUCAACCAACCAGAUAUCGUAAUAGUAACAUAAAGGUGCAGCAGGACCCAGAUCGACGUAGUAGUAAUUAUAAUAGUCGCAGUGCCCCGUUUGAUACCAACACCUCGCUUGACAAUAGUAGAACUCCUGUAUUUACAGAACAAGAAGCCGCUCCAGCCUCCAUAAUAGACGAAAUAAGCACAUCAGAAGAUGCAGACGACCUUGAUCUAGUUACAGAUCAUAGACAUCGUAACGGUAAAUCAAAAGCAAAACCACACAACAAGGAAUCUACUAAAAUAAUGUCGAAACGAGGCAAGAAAUCAUCCGAAGAUGAUGUACUGUCUAGUAGUGCUCGAGAUAUGAGUGAAGAGGAGUGGGUGGCUAUCGAAGAAAAGAGAAAAAGGAAGGCUGAACGGAAAGCUGCUGCUGAUGUUGCUGCUCUUGAACCAAAGAGUGUCGUGUUGCCUGAAGGAAUCACUACUGCUAAUUUAUCGUCUUUGUUGAAUGUAAAGCUAGACAAGUUGAUGUACACUAUGCGUAAAAUGGGUAUGGAGGAGGAAGCAGUUGCUGAUCAUGUACUGACUUCUGAAGUCGCAUCCAACAUUGUAUUGGAGUUCAAUAUGAUACCCGUCGUUCCAGAGUUACCUGACAUUGACUUGAAACCAAGACCUGCUCCCGAAUCGUGGUCGCAACACCCACUACGUCCACCAGUCGUCACCAUCAUGGGUCAUGUAGACCAUGGAAAGACGACGUUGCUUGAUGCGUUACGAAAGACUUCGGUUGCUGCUGGUGAAGCCGGUGGUAUUACUCAACACAUUGGGGCCUUUUCAGUAUCUCUACCAUGUGGUAAACAAAUCACCUUCCAAGAUACGCCUGGACAUGCUGCAUUUUCAAAUAUGAGACAACGGGGAGCUCAAAUCACUGAUAUUGUGAUAUUGGUUGUCGCUGCUGAUGAUGGUGUUAUGCCUCAAACUGUGGAAGCGAUAAAGCAUUCGCUUGCUGCAUCAGUUCCCAUCAUUGUAGCAAUCAACAAGUGUGAUAAACCAGACGUCAAUGUUCAAAAAGUCAAGGAAGGUCUUCUUCAACAUAAUAUCGUGAUUGAAGAAUUCGGUGGUGAAAUACCCGCUAUUGAGAUUUCUGGAUUAACUGGCAAAGGAUUGGACGUCUUAGAAGAGACUAUAGUUACAUUAGCUGAAGUUAUGGAUAUUCGCGGUGAUCCUACAGGUCCUGUUGAAGGUGCUAUUGUUGAGGCCAAGAUGAGUAAAGGUGCAGGAAAUGUAGCAACAGUCCUAGUAAAACGAGGCACCUUAAAACCAGGCGCAACACUAGUAGCAGGCAAAACAUGGUGUAAAGUGAAACUCCUCCAAACCGAAUCGGGUACCAUUGAAGAAGCAGGUCCCUCAACACCCGUCGAAGUAUAUGGAUGGAAGGAUGUGCCAGAAGCUGGUGACGUGGUAGUCGAAGCUUCUGAUGAAAACUUGGCCCAGGCUGUUGUAUCUACUCGACGAUUACUACAUGAUCGUAACGAGACUGUUAAAACUAUUGAAGUUAUGAAUGCUCAACGUGCUGAACAUCGGAAAGUGCGUGAGGCCACUACUACUAGUACCAAUGGUAAUGGUCAUUAUAGUAAGAAUCGUGAGGUGGAAGUAGAUGCAGAGCCUUUGGAAGUUAAGAAGGAGGUGCCCAAGUUUCCGGUUAUUCUGAAAGCGGACGUGCAUGGCUCAUUGGAAGCUAUUGAGAGUGCUAUGAUGGGACUACCUAGUCAUGAAGUCGCUGUCACUAUGGUUGCUUCUGGAGUUGGACCAUGUUCUGAUUCUGAUGUAGAUUUAGCUGUUGCUGCUGGUGCACAUAUAAUAACAUUCAACGUCCCCAUUACAUCCCAAAUCAAUGCCCGAGCCAAAUUAUCCAACGUCAACAUUGUCCCACAUAAUAUUAUAUACAAGCUACUCGACGACCUAAAAGAACGUCUAAGUGACUUGCUACCACCUAUAAUAUCAACUGAAGUUGUGGGAGAAGCUGAAAUUCUACAAGAGUUUGAAAUACACAUCAAGAAAAAGACUGAAAAAGUAGCUGGAUGUCGUGUUUUGAGUGGUAAAGUCAGUGUGAAGGACAAGAUUAGGGUUGUUAGGAAGGGAGCUGUUGUGUAUGAUAAUGGAGGCUUGAAGACAUUCAAACAUGUUAAAAAGGAUAUAACUGAAGCACCUAAAGGAAUGGAAUGUGGAAUGGGCUUUGAUGGAUUUAGUGGGUUCGUGCCUGGUGAUGUUAUACAGGCAUAUGUCGUUAAAGAGACUCGUCGUAAAUUAACAUAG